AUGAACGAGCCGCGCCACUUUCACAUGCUCGUCUGCGUGCUGGCUGCUGCUGCAGCCAUCUCCGUGUCUUCAGCCUUCAAUAUUGACGUGACAAAUUCUGACGUUAUUUCUGGGGAAAAGAAAGAUUUCUUUGGAUACAAAGUGCUUCAGUUCAUGUCUGCUGAGAACAAAGGGAUACUCGUCUCGGCACCUCUGCACCUAAACGGAUCAGGAGAAGUGUUCAGCCGAGACCAGGAGAAAAAUGAAAACUGGUUCAGCCCUUAUGCUCCUUCCCAGUCAAAUUCAUCUUCAGUGAAACACUUCGGCUUGUCAAUGGCUGCAGACCCUACAGGCUCCGGGUUCACAAUUUGCAGUCCAAAUCUUAUUCAUGAAUGUCAUGGGAACUCCUACCUGAACAGUUUGUGUUACAACAUCACUGAUGAACUUAAGGACAUCUCCUCUUUCAAACCUGUGUUCCAAGAAUGCACCCAAAAGACUGUAAACCUGGUCUUUUUAUUUGACGGAUCAGGAAGCAUGACCGAUGAUGAAUUUAUUAAAAACAAAUAUUUCAUUGUGGAUAUAAUGAACAGCCUUAAAAACACAUCAAUCAAGUUUGCAGCAGCUCAGUUUUCCUCUGAAACCAAAAAAGUUUUUGAUUUUAAUGACUACGAUGCUGGUCGUGCUCUUGAGAAACUCAACGGUGAACAGCACAUGCAGAGUCUCACCAACACACACAAAGCCCUCACAUUUGUGUUGUCAGACAUCUUUGAUAAUGAGGCUGCAGGCGCCUCUCCUGAUGCAACUAAAGUUCUGGUGAUAAUCACAGAUGGAGACCCAAGUGAUAUAGACAAAAACAAAACUGUUGACCAAUGUGAAAAAAGAGGAAUAAUUAGAGUUGUCAUUGGGGUCAAAAAUGUUAAAAUAAAUAAAUUCAUACACAUUGUAUCGGAGCCAAAAGACAACAAUUUUUUCCUAAUUGAGAACUAUAAUGGGCUCACGGGACUCUUGGAAAACUUUCAAAACAAAAUCUUUAAUAUUGAAGGGUUCAAAGUGACUCGUGCUGGAGAAAUGACCAAUGAAAUGUCUCAGACUGGAUUCAGUUCAGUAUUUCACAAGGAAACUUUGGUUCUGGGUUCAGUGGGAUCCAACAGCUGGCGUGGGUCACUCUAUGAGCAUCAAGUACAAAACAAAAACCAGAUCUCAGAUCCAGAAAUGGAAAUGGAUUCCUACAUGGGUUACUCUUUAUCUGUUGGAGAGAAGAACGGUGUUGCAAUAUAUUUCACUGGUGCUCCACGUUUUAACCACACUGGACAGGUCGUACUUUUCACAAAAAAGGACAAAAACUGGAAACCAGCUCAAAGAAUAAACACGGACCAGAUUGGUUCCUACUUUGGUGCGGAGCUGUGUUCAGUGGACAUCGACUCAGACGGGAACACAGAUGUCCUGCUUGUGGGAGCUCCAACGUUUUACCAGCCUCCUGAGAAAAAGGAAGGAAGGAUCUACAUUUACAGACUUUCUGAUGAGAUCCGACUAAUAAGUGAAUACAGUGUGACGGCACCAUCUAUGGGUAGAUUUGGUAGCACCAUAUCCAGUCUUUCAGAUCUGAAUGGAGAUGACCUGAGAGAUGUUGCUGUUGGAGCCCCCCUGGAGGACGAUAACAGGGGGGCUGUUUACAUCUACCUCGGCGACAGACACAGAGGGAUACGCAGUACUUUCAGUCAGAGAAUCACGGGUGAAAAACUUGAAGCUGGGAUAAGAUUCUUUGGACAAGCCAUCAGUGGAGACAUGGACCUCGGAGAUGAUGGACUCCCAGAUAUUGUGGUUGGGUCACAAGGUUCUGCGGUUAUCUUAAGGUCUAAGCCCGUAUUUAACGUCACGGCCCACCUGUCGUUUCAUCCUGGAACGAUCAGCAUUGAGAACAUCGACUGUUUUCAAGUCAGUGAUAAAGAUUUACCAAUGGUUAAUGUAACAGCCUGCUUUGAAAUGGUGGAGGCAACAAAGACUAAACCAGAGGAAGCGAGCUCAGGACUGAACAUCUCGUACACGCUCAACGUGGAUCAGACAAGACAAACAAAUCGAGGGUUCUUCUCUCUGAAUGAGAAGACGAAGAGAAGUAUUACUCGCGCCUACGAGCUAGUCGACAGCAAAACAUGCUUCAACCAUUCCGUCUUCAUGCCAAAAUGUGUGAGAGACACGUUAUCGCCCGUCAACAUCAGGUUAAACUUUUGUCAAGCUGACGGUGAGAACUCGGGGGUGGUGUUGAACGUGGACAGCAGGAGACAGGCUGUCAUCGAGGCUCCCUUUGAAAAACAGUGUAAAAAAAAUGAUGUCUGCAUCGCUCAGCUUGAUGUGGAUUUGCAGUUCCUGUCUGAAACUUUUGUGGUGACUGAAAACAGCUACUUCUACAUGUGGAUAAAACUGGAUAACCACGGUGACGACUCAUACAACACCAGCCUGACGAUGCACUACCCUCCUGGUCUCUCCUUCUCAAUGAUGGAGCUUACAGAGUCCUCCAGAUCAGUCCUCCACAACUGUUUGGAUCUGGAUGAAGUUCUCGAUAAAACCGUGUGUGGGAUCAGCCUUCCAGUGUAUCGCAGCAGAUCCUCUGCAAAGUUCAAAACUGCAUUCCACGUCUCAAAGGACUUUAAGUGGAAUGACACCAUAUCCAUGACUGUGACUGGAAAUAGUGACACCUCAAACUCCAGCUAUUCUGCUUCCGUGACCAAAAGUAUCCCAGUACAAUAUGAAACCAGAAUGGCAUUAACGAUAAAUGAAAACACUGUCACCUAUUUGAACUUCACGACAUCGACUGAGGAUUCCACACCUAAGAAAAUGGACAUUAUAUAUAAAAUAGAUAACACUGGUUUUAAAGAUUUUCCUGUUGACGUAUCUCUGUUCUUCCCAACUAAACUGGAACACAACUUUGAAGUGAUCGAAUACAAAGUUUUUGAUCAGCAGAACAAAACGCGGUGCUCGAAUGUUUCCGACCUGAAAUCUGAGUCCUGCUCACCAGAAAACAAGUGUGUCACGGUGACGUGUGACACUUUUAUUUUAAAGAACAACUCAGAUGUUGAGUUUCGGUUGGAGGGACUUGUACAUUUCAAAGACUUCAAAGAACAUGCAGCGAAUAUUGGCUUUCUUCAACAAUAUACUAGAAAUGACAAAGAGGUCAAAUUUAGGAGUUUUAUACAAGUUGACUACGACAGAAACACAUAUGUUCUGGCUUCUCAUAAGCAAAUGAAAAAUGGUUUCAAACAGGAGACAUUUUUAAACUCUGAUCUGUGGAAGGACGACAAUCCAACAAUGAAAUUGGCUGAAGUUCGUGUUGAGCUCAUAAUCCCCCCCAAUGAGCUGUUGAUUAUAUUAACGGGAGCUGGACUCGGAUUGUUGCUUAUGAUCGUCAUCACAGUCGUCAUGUUUAAGUUGGGCUGCUUCAAGAGGAAAACGAUACAGGAUUAUCAGGAACAAGAUGACCAAGUUUCUGUUGAAGACAAUAAAGAAACGAGCCUCGCCCCUGGCAACGGGAUGACGACCGUUUCAGAAACCGAAGAGAAAUCUCACCCAGCUCCUGAAGAGAAAACACUUCUUGAUGCCAGCGAGACUAACGGCAGCCCGGUCAAAGAAAAAGAUCUGGAUUUCUCUUAA